GAAAGUUCCUCUUUACCGGGUUACCAUUGUGUAACAACCCCACCACUCAUGCUACCAGCGAGCAUUGGCUCUCUGCGUCCCGUCGUCCCCAGUAUGCCCUGCGAACGGGCAAAGCUAAGCGAGCAGGCAGCCUGGUGUCGACCAAGCGCACUGCUUGACCACCACCAGGCUGGCACUUCCGUACGAGUGGACCGUUUCAGAAUCUGGGGGCUUUCACAGUGCCCACGUCGCAAUCAUUACUGCACAUUCAGCGGUGCACCCGUCCUCAAUGCCCAGCGCUGCCCAAGCACCGGUCAUUGGCCUAGGCGAACGGUGCUGUGGAGCCCAUCCAUGUCACUGCCGCUCGACCUGCAGUUCCAUCUCCCAUGGCGCAAGUGCCCUGCUCCUCCCAUAUCAACGCCGAAGUCAAGGGAUUGUAUGCCGCAAACGGUGGACUUCUGAACGCCAAGAUCAAAAUCGACAACUCACGCCAUCAGUAUAUCUGUUUCAUCAACGGCCGAUACACCCCUGAAGAGGCCCUGCAAUUCCUGCACCCUGACAUCGAGAAGUAUGCUUGGAUAGUGAACGCUAUACCCAGCCCAAGCGACGAGCCUAUUCCAUUGCCAUUGCAGGACACGGCAGUCACGGCUCCUUUAGAGAACGGCAAUAACAAGCCGAGUGCCUCUCGCCAGGCCGACUCGGAGCAGCACCUUCGCGACAUUGCGAACGCCACGGCGCUUUUCAGCAUGUUAGAAGGCCACGAAGACGAUUACUCCCGCUGUAGACGCGAUUGCGAUCUGGACGACACAGAACCUUUCUCAGAUGCCUUCUACGAGGACUGCCUAGAAGCGCACGAAGCCGACAUCCGGAGCGCGCUCACGCAGUGGCUUGCCUCGCCGUCCCAGUCCGUCCUUCUAACCAUAGAUGGGACUGAGUACACGCACCGACAGCGCUGGCCCACCCGCUUUGCGGUGGAGGCAGUCCACGACGCCCAGUGGAGGAAACAGCAAGUCUGCCAUUGCUUCUGUGGGGAGCAGCCCGACGACGUGGGCUCCUGGCCGUCCCUCGUCGUACGCCAUCUCCUCGCCCAACUCCCUGCUGUUCGAGGCGCAAAGAACGGCAGCGCGCGACAGAGGAAGCGCGGUGGUGUUGAGCUCGACUGCGCGCAGAUUCCCGCCAGUGUUCUGUGGGCGGCGUUCAAAGAUCGCAUGGCACAGGCGGACAUAAACUCUGUCACCAUCGUCCUCGACGAAAUCGACGCGCUCUAUGACCGGUGCAAUGACCAUGAUGAGGGGGUGAAGAGGUUUGCUGAUUUCGUGCAUGGCCUGUCAUGGCUGAUGCGAUCGGGGCCUGUAUUACGGGUCAUGGUGACCAGUUGGUCGUCAGAGGUGCUUGACGUAAUUCGAAACGGUGUUGCAACGGAACUGCUUGGGGAUUAAAUAAGGGGUUUUAGUGGAUGUUAGAGUUCAUGAACUACACUAGAGCUGGAACAAUGAGUUCCUUCAACACCUCACGGAUGCGAAU